AUGAACCACAUCAGCUCCCCCAACGAGCCCUUCCUCACGCCAGAUGCCCUGGGGCAGGCGACGACGGUCCACACGCAGGGCAACUUCCGCAUCAGCUCUCGCAAGCUGCCCAUCUCCAAGAGCGGACCCAUCGAUGCCAUGGGCGCGCGGCUGGGCAUCCCGAUCCCCGAGAUGAUCUUCGGCGACAACCUGGUGGCGGUGACGCACGCGCCCACGGGCUGGUCCGUCGAGUUCCGCGCCGAGGACGCCCUCGACCUCGUCGACAAGACCGACCGCAACAUGCUCCGCGUCGCCUACGCCGGCGAGUGGUCCUCGAGCAGGGAGCGCACCUCGGCCGGCAUCAAGGAGGUCGUCAAGCCCUACGACUGGAGCUACUCGACCACGUACCGCGGCACCACCGCCGCAGGGGACGCCGCCGGGAAGCAGCUCGCCCCGUCCACGAAACCGAUCCCGCUGGAGCUGCUCAAGCGGCGCGACCCGAUCCUAUUCUUCGACGAGGUCAUGCUGUACGAGAGCGAGCUGGACGACAACGGCAUCUCGGUCCUCAGCGUCAAGGUCCGCGUCAUGGAGCACCGCAUGCUGCUGCUAUGCCGCCUAUACAUGCGCCUGGACAACGUCGUCGUCCGCGUCAGGGAUACGAGGCUCUACAUCGACUUCGACACCGACGAGGUCAUCCGCGAGUACACGGCCAAGGAGGACUCGUUCGCCAACCUCAAGAGGAGUUUAUUGAUGAACGGACUCCUUCCGGAUGCGGUUACAGCAGCGAUGAGAGACGCCAAUCAGGUCGCGGGCCUGUUACCAGUGAUAGAGCAUCAGUUGGAGAGUGUUUCCCUCAGGUCAUGA